AUGGCGACACGAAAGAUCCUCAUCCUCGGCGCGACCGGCAAACAAGGCUCCGCCGUCAUCGACGCCCUCCUCUCCCUCCCCAAGACCACGCCUCCCCUCGAGCUCCUCGCCCUCACCCGCAACCCGGCCUCAUCAAAACUCAAGUCCUUCGCGGACGCCGCCAAACCCAAGGGCCUCACCCUCGUCCCCGUCGAAGGCGACCUCAAGUCCCCCAUCCCCGUCUUCCGCGCCCACCCGCGCAUCGACACGUCCUUCAUCGUGACGACCCCCGGCAACGAGGACGUGAUCGGAAAGGCCUGGGUCGACGCCUCCAUCGACGCGGGCGCGUCCCAGAUCGUGCUGACCUCGGUCGACCGCGGCGGCGAGGACAAGUCCUGGACGAACCCCACGGACGUCCCUCACUUUUACCAGAAGCACGAGAUCGAAGUGCACCUCCGCGACCGCGCCGACGAGCUGGAAAAGAGCGGGCGGAAGCUGCGGUGGACUAUCCUCCGCCCCACGGCCUUCUUGGAUAACACCAACCCGGGCAUGUUCGGCAAGGUGUUUGCGGCGAUGUGGUCCACCAUGCCGGCCGAUCGCACCCUCCAGUUCGUGUCGGUCCGUGACAUUGGGCUGUUUGCGGCGAAGGCGAUCGCGGAGCCGGAGAGGUGGGAUCGGAGAGCGCUGUCGCUUGCUGGCGAGGAUAUCACGUACGCGAAGGCCAGGGAGGUGUUUAAGAGGGUCGUUGGCAGCGAGAUGCCUCAGACUUACACCAUCUUUGGCCAGGGCAUGAUGUGGGCGAUUAACGACGCGGGAAGGAUGUUCGAGUUCUUCAAGAGAGAGGGCUACGGUGCUGAUAUACAGGUGUUGAGGAAGGAAGAGCCUAGGUUGCAGAACUUUGAGACCUGGCUGCAGGAGAGCAGUGGGUGGAAGAAGGAGAAGAGCGGCAUCUAG